GACUUUUAGGUUGAGAGUGAAGAGAGCGCAGUGGCAGGUAUGCCAAGACAUGCUUUCACUUAAAGCUGGGGCGCCGCCUCCGUUCCAGCGGCUGCCCCGGACUUCUGUUCUGCGACUGGCACACGCGUGGCUCACUCAGCGAAGCCUCGCGCGCAGGGACCACAACUCCCAGAAUGCUCCACGCUCUCGCCACCGCCUUGGACCGGUGUUUUGCGCCAGUGCGCACGCGCAGACUCAGUCAGCGGCGCCUCUCGUGCCCGGACUACGAUUCCCAGAGGGCUCUGCGACCUCGCUGCCUCCGAGACCAAGAUGGCUGCGAGACUCGCCGCCUUCCUCAAGAAUGCCUGGGCCAAGGAGCCGGUGCUAGUCGCCUCCUUCACCAUUGCGGGCCUCGCUAUAAUUCUGCCCAUCCUCAGCCCCUACACCAAGUACUCCAUCAUGAUCAACAAGGCGACACCCUACACCUACCCAGUGCCCCUCCGAGAUGACGGGAACAUGCCCGAUGUGCCCAGCCACCCCCAGGACCCCCAGGGCCCAAGCCUGGAGUGGCUGAAGAAACUGUGAGCACCUCCGUUGACAGGGAGGAGAUCCCCUCCCCUGUGGCCCCCAAUAAAAAUGUGAAAACUGA